AUGGUGACAAGGGUGCUUUUCCUAGUUAUUUGCAAAAUAUUUCUAGUAAGUUCUUGCUUGUGCCCAAGCAUUUACUUGGGAAAUGGGCAUUGUGAUUCAGCGUGCGAUAAUGCCGCUUGUAACUAUGAUCAAGGCGACUGCGAUAAAGGAGGUUCAAGCAGUUCAGAUUCAAAGAGCAUAAUUGCAACCAUCGUGGGAGUUGUGGUUGGGAUUUUUGUUGUUUUUUGGGUGUAAUAAAUAUUUAGAGUUAUAGGCUGCACAAUUUAUUGUAAAUACCGUCAAAAGAAGAAAAUCCAAAUGGAGAGCUAUCAAAAUGACGCUGAAGCGAGUUCAGUAAGAGCCUCAGAUGUAGAAUCGUCUAAGUUACUGACAAAAGACGUAAUCCAAAGAAUAUGUCCUUUAGAAAAUUACUAUAUUGGAAUUCCGAUCGAUGGAGAACCCGUGUGCAACCUUUGCAUGACUGACUUCAAAAUCGGCGACUGGAUCAGACGAACUCAUUGCAUGCAUUCAUUUCAUGCGAAAUGCCUCGAUGAAUGAUUAUUAUAUAAGAAUUUGAAUCCCAAAUGCCCUACUUGUGAUAUGCUGUUUUUGAGAUAG